AUGAAGGAGCUUCUAGCGCCAGUUCCGAUCAGUGAUUAUAUGAAGGCAACAAUAAAAUAUUUGAAGCAACAGUGGGGCACAAGGUUGGUGCCAGUAAUCUAUAGAGGUCUGAAGGAAAGACGACAUGAUUAUUUGAGUUGGUUGAGAAUCACCCAUGUCAUAGCUACAUCAGUUAAUCUUGGAUUUGCCCUGGUGGCACUUUGA